CCUGCCCUCCUCUUCUGCUCCCUGUGACUAUACAGAAAAAAAAAAAAAACUCGCGCACAUUCACAUGCCCGUCUCCUGCCCGCGAUUAAACCUCAAAGCUGAGUCGCUCUCGCGUACAUUCCUGCGUCGACCCCACUGCUCUCUCGGCCGUCGCUUCGUUGCGCCCUGACCCGACGGGACACGGCCAGAGGAGAAGGGGCCGCACCGGCUCAACCCUGAGGGCUUGAGUUUUUGAGUUUCUCACCGGAGGACCUGAAACAGAAGCUGCCCGAAGCACAUGCGGAGAGAUCUGACUAACUAGGAAUCAGUUCAUAUUACUUCCAGUGGCCUGGGCAGAGUGAAGGCCGCUCACAUCAGACGUCUGCAACGAGUCCUACCAAAGAGGUCUGAAGAGACUUUGUUGUUGUUGUUGUUGCAGGACUGCAUCCCUAUUUUUUCCGUUUUAAACAUCCUUUUGACCUUAAGGACGUAAAGUGCAAAGACUCUCACGGAUUCCAGGACAUUUUUUCUUUUUUUUUUAAAAAACAAAAAGAUGGAUCCUUUAACAGACAGUCCACGCGUGCGCUCAGACAGCAUGAGCAGCUCAGCGUCUCAGGGCUCGAGGUCCAAGGUCCUCCUCCGACAACGGCUGUCCCAGCUGAUGACCUGCAUCGAGGACAUGAGCUCAGACGACGAAGCCAGCGAAGAGGUGUCCCGCACGCUGGACGAAGCGUUUCAGCUCUGUGGACACUGCGUUCCCACGGACGCAUUCAGACUGCACAUGGUGACCUGGAAUGUGGCCACAGCGGAGCCUCCUGAAGACGUCACCUCCCUGUUGCAACUUGAUGUCCAGCCCCCCACAGACGUUUACGUGAUUGGCCUGCAGGAGGUGAAUGCUACCCCCGUGAGGUUCAUCUCAGACCUGGUGGUGGAGGACUCCUGGAGCCAUGUCUUCAUGGACACGCUGGCGCCCAGAGGCUUUGUCAAAGUCACCUCAGUGAGGAUGCAGGGUUUGCUGCUGCUGGUUUUCGCCAAACAAAUUCAUCUCCCCUACAUCAGAAACAUCCAGACCACCUACACGCGCACCGGCAUCUUUGGCUACUGGGGUAACAAAGGAGGAGUGUCCGUGCGUUUUUCCUUCUACGGACACAUGGUGUGCUUCCUCAACUGCCACCUGGCGGCUCACAUGAACUACGCUCUGCAGCGCGUCGACGAGUUCGAGUACAUCCUGGAGGCACAAGACUUUGACUUCAUGGACACCCCACACGUCCUGGAUCACAAGCUGGUGUUCUGCUUUGGCGACCUGAACUUUCGCAUUUCAGACCACGGCUUGCACUUUCUCCGCUCGUGCAUCAACAGCGGGCGGUUUAAUUUGCUGUGGGACAAGGACCAGCUCCUGGCGAUGAGGAAGAAGGAACCCUUCCUGCAGGAAUUCGAGGAAGGGCCUUUAAAUUUUAAACCCACGUACAAGUUUGACCGUAACUCCGACACCUACGACACCAGCUCUCCAAAGACGUGGUUGGGUUUUAACGGCAAGAAGAGGAAGCCGGCCUGGACGGAUCGGAUCCUCUGGCGCGUCAAACCCAAAAGCCUGCCGUCAGAGGAUGACGAUGACGAGAGGGCGUCCACUUCCACAGACGACGGUCAGGAUGAGUAUCCACUCCUGGUCACCCAGGACAAAUACACCAGCGACAUGAGCUACGGAGUCAGCGACCACAAGCCGGUCAUCGCAACCUUCAGUCUGGAGCUGAGGAAAUGCUUUGACACAGCACUGGUGCAUGUUUCGCCUUUGGGCGUAUGGAGCGCCGACCAGGAUGCACUUCUGACCUACACUGUCCAAGAGGACUUCAUGUCCUCCACAUGGGACUGGAUUGGUCUAUACAAGGUGGGAUUUAAGAGCCCGACCGACUACGAAACUUUUGUUUGGGUUAGAGAGAAUGACCUGCCAGAGACAAAUGAGGUCAUACAGAUAUCCAUGGAUAAGAACCAUAUCCCUCUGCUAGGUGGCCAGUAUGUUUUGGGUUACUACAGUACAAACCUGAGAAGCAUCGUUGGCCUCAGUGCGAGCUUCCAGAUCCUGGAGUCAAAGCGUGCUGCCUUGGAAGGCCUUGUUCCCGAGGAUAUCAAUGGGCUCAAUAAAUAAGGAGGAACUCAGUCCAUCUUGUUCCUCUCUGCUGUCACGAGCACAGAUCUGAAAAUGUCUCUAGCCACGCCCCCAACGCCGUCAUCUCCUGGAUAAGAUGGCUUAAAUAAUGACCGCCAUACAGUGCCACCAAGAGAUUGGAAACAAUUAAUAUGCUGGAACAAAAAAGAACACAUUAACGAGAAGCCCAGCAGCUCAUCUACAGGCUUUUUAAGAAAAAUGUACUGACACGUGACAAACUACAUAGCUGGUUUAAAACGAAAAAUGUGCUAAGUGUUGUUUUUGAAAACAUUUGACAAAUAGUAUUUGAAUAUACAUUAGUAUAAGUGCAGGUAAUACCAUAAGUGCAUGAACGAUCUACCAAUCAUAGCACACUGUUGUCUAGAAAAUUGUUGAUGAAGACUGUUUUACAUUUAUGUCUUAAUGAAGAAAGAUGUGUGUUUUUUUUUGUUUUUUUUUCAAAUUCUGCGAUUACUAGAGCCAAGUAUUUUAUAAAGUUAGGUGAAAACACAUGAGAAUGUUUUUUUAAAAAAGCGUUUCCUAUUCUCUAAAAAUUACCAUUGUGGACAUUGAGAAAAUGCACGCAUGUGUUUUCAUUGUGUGACUGGCUGACUGAUGAAUGAAUGAUAAAUCACAGCGCACAUAACACAAUUAGUCUGCGCAAUGAUGAAUGAGGGUAGGGAAGUGCUGGAACAUGCGUCUCUUAUUCUGGGGAUGUGAAAGCAAGAUGUCUGUAUUCAACAUAUCUGGAGUCUGAUUAAAAUUGAUGAGUUCACUGUAAAACUAUGGAACUUCAUUGUUAUAUUACACAAAAAGUAAUUGUUUUGUGAUUUUAUGAAUGGGGCUAUUGUCAAACUGUUUAUUGUUUCUGACCCGUAGCAGAAACUGAGCAUUUUAUUUAGUUAUUUUAGUUGUUAUAAUGACCAAACAAUAAAUAUAACCAUGCUCUAGGGAUCA